CCCCUUUUUCUCCGUCUACGUUCAUCAUUUCUCAGUCCGCUGCUGGUCUGGUAUUCAUCCUGGAUUGGAUUGGAUUGGAUUGCCCUGCCCCCAAAUAUGAUGAGCUCUGAGAUCGAUCCCCAAGGAAGCAACGCGGAUGAGCUUGAGCAUCUGUUUGCGGAGGCCUCCCAGGCCGUCGAUGCGCUCUACACCACCCGGGACACAUACUUCCCCACAAACCCCGACGACAAAACCUCCAGGCUCCUUGCACAAUCCAAUCUUUCCCUCCAAUUCCUCGAUGAAAUUCCUCCAGCUAAAAGGAAGACGCCCGUGCAAAGAGCGACAUACGAGUACUUGAAAGGGAAACUAAUGGACGUGCUCCCUGAGUAUAAGAAAGAAGCCGAGGAUCAUCUCUCCAAGGCUGUAAAACUAAAUCCCUCUCUGACAGAUGCCUGGUUAAGCUUGGGCAACUGCAUUUGGAAGAAAGGUGACCUAGCUUCAGCAAAGAAUUGCUUUACACUGGGCUUAACCAAGGGCCCCAACAAAGAAAUUCUCUGUCAAUUAUCUAUGCUUGAAAGACGAAUGGCUCAAGGUGCUGAAGACCCAGCAAAAAUUGUUGAGGACAGCAUACAGCAUGCAAAAGAAGCCAUCACUCUAGAUGUUAAGGAUGGAAAUUCUUGGUAUAACCUAGGGAAUGCCUGUCUCACGUCUUUUUUUGUCACUGGGGCUUGGGAUCAUGGAAAACUUCAGCAAUCUUUGAAAGCAUACCAACAUGCUGAAAAAGAUGAGAGAAUGAAGUCAAAUCCUGAUCUAUAUUACAACAGUGCUAUUGUAAAUAAAUAUCUAGAAAACUAUGAGAGGGCCCUAAGUGGAUUUGAAGCUGCUGCACUGAGGGAUCCUGGUCUCCAUGCCUUGGAGGAAGUUCAUAAGAUUGUUCAUCUUCUUGACAAAAUAGAUAACUUGCUCCGAGGUCAAACCAAGUUAAAACAACUAGCUUCCUUGGCACCUUCACUUGCUAGUGUCAGCUUGAAUGCUUCAUACAGAAGAGAGACCAUAGAUUGCCUUUUGGAAGGUCUAAAUAAAUCAGUUGCUAUUGUAGGAAGGGUUAUAUUCUUUGUCAAGCAUGAGAAUGAAGCCCCGUUUUACUAUUUGCUGUGUGAUUCAAGUCUGACAUGCUAUGUCCUGUCCAUGUAUGGAAUACACAAGGAAGCAAUUAAAGAACGAGACCAUGUUACACUUUUGGAACCGUCUUACCGCAAUGUUGAUUGUUCUUGGAAAGGAAAGUUUUAUAAGUUUAGAUCAGUGCGUGUGGAUUUCUUGGAGCAAGUGCUUGUGAAUGGAAGAACAUUGCCAGCCCAGUAUUCUAUUGAGACAUCAAUCUAUGCCCAAAACAAGACAUGAGAGCAGUCUUUAUUCUUAUUUGGAGUUACUGAACAGCAAUAUAAUUUGUAGUGUCAUGGCUGCUGUGGAAGAAAUAUAAUUAGCUCUCUCUCUCUCUCUCUCGCUCUCUCUCUCUCUCUCUCUCUCUCUCUCCUUGUGUGUGGUAUAGGAGAUGGAUUUGUUUGAAUCUAUACUGUGGUGCUGUAGCCUGUAGAAUGUAGAUAGAUUUGAGCGGUGGGGGUGUGUAUAAAAGUCCGUUAUAUUUUAUGUGAAUAACAGUGCUACUGGGUAUACUCCAAUGGUGUUGACGUACAAACAAACAAACAAUAUAUAUAUUCUGGAGUUCUGUGGCA